AUGGGCAUAUCUCGCGCUGCCUGGGUUCUGGCCUUGGCCUUUCAGCCUUUCCUAGGCGGAGCCUUGCCUGCCCCAUCACCACCUGGAAUUCCGUCUACCUCUACUGCAACGAGUGAGCUGGCCGGAUUGACCGUUGCUGCACAAGGAUCCCAGGAUGGAUAUAGCCGUGACGAAUUUCCGCACUGGAUUACUAUCAGCGGAAAUUGCAACACACGCGAAACAAUCCUCGAACGGGAUGGAACCGACGUGGUCCAAAGCUCCAGCUGCGGUGCUACCAGUGGAUCCUGGGUUUCUCCGUAUGAUGGCGAGACCUGGACAGCUGCAAGUGAUGUCGACAUCGAUCACCUCGUCCCAUUAUCAAACGCAUGGAAGUCCGGGGCCUCCAGCUGGACUAAAGCAGAUCGUCAAGCUUUCGCCAAUGACCUCAAGAAUCCCCAACUCUUAGCAGUCACCGACAACGUGAACGCCUCAAAGGGCGACAAAGGCCCAGAAUCUUGGAAGCCCCCACUGGCUUCAUAUUACUGCACUUAUGCCAAGAUGUGGGUGAAGGUGAAAUCAGUCUAUGAUCUUACCAUCACUUCGGACGAGAAGGCUGCUCUUGUCGAGAUGCUGGAUACUUGUUGA